AUGUUUGAGAUUUCAUUUGUUACGGAGGACGUACCAAGUAUCACCAUUUCAGACGCGCAGCGCAUACUGAAAGCGGUAGCUGCUCUUGAAUACGCGGAUACGGCGACGCCUGUUGACGCCAAUGAUUUGUACCCUGAAGAAUUGUUUCAAAUUGAUUGGAGACAAGAAAUUGAAGAGAAUGAUAUUUUGCAUCAUGCGGCGCUGCAUCGCGGUUGUUGGAAGCACAAGAAUAGCGUUAUCUCGUCCGAGUUUGGUAGAAUGAAGCAGAAUGAGACACAAGAUCUCUUACUAUUGAUCAAUGAGAGUGAUCCACAAUUGCUUGAGAAGUUGAGUCGAUGCACCGCUGUGGACAUCUUUUUACCGUCUGGUUUGCGAGGCUUUGGAUAUUGUGAAGACGCCGCAGCAUAUAUCAAGUUUUUGAAAGCACGGAUAUUACCAGAAUGGGUGAUGGAUCGCAAGUUUCAAGACAAAUCGAAGAACCGAACUAUCACGUAUCAUGAUUUGUGCCCGAAGACGCCGAUGAUCUUUUUCAAUCACUAUUGGGGUAAAGUACCGGAUGCUUUGGAUUGGCCGGCAGCGAAACCCUUAUACUUGAUGCCCAAUGUGGAGAUGUACGAGCUCGCCAGUGAGCACAUUUGGCGAGCGGACGUGAUUUUGUGUAAGACAUUGCUGUGUACAAGGUAUUUGAGGCUGUGGUUCAAGCAGGAGGGAAAUCCGAGAGGGGCGCUGGUGCUAUACACACGCCACACAACGUCGAACGUAGCGCUGACGUUCAAGAGCCAAUUAGCUGUGAGCGAAGUGAAAGCAAGAGCCGAGAAGAAUUAUUGGAAUGUCUCAUUCCUGCAUAUUGUAGGUAAAAGUAAGCAUAAAGGAACAAGACAGGUUCUAGAUUGCUGGUUAUCAAGGACGGACCUGCCGCCAUUGGAGCUGUAUGUGUCUGACGGUGUUUUUGGUAGAUGGCUUGCACCUACGUACAGUGAAAGGAUUGCUAAGAGCACGAAUAUCAAACUGCACCUCGGACAGGUGGAACCUGCGGCCUUUGGACACCUUGUUGCUGACGCGACGCAUUUUGUAUGCUCGAGCGAUAUGGAGGGAUAUGGCCACUACAUUAACCAGGCGCGAUCUUCUCGUGGCUUCAUCUUUACCACUGAUGUUGCGCCAAUGAAUGAGCUAAUCACUCCAUCGUCUGGUGCACUGAUCAGGGCUAAAGCAGUGCGAAAUCCGAAACAAUUCUUAGGUGGAGCGUCCAAGAAGGCCCAUGCACUCCGUGGGGUUUCUGGUUUUUUUGCCAACUUUGACGGCGGCGCAGUCUGCGAUGCAGUAUUGAACACGCUGAACAACACGUCACCGAAAGAGCGUGCCAUACGAGCUGAUAGGGCUCUGCAGCAGUACUAUUUCGACACGGUUUUCUUUGCGCAGAAGAUGCAAGAACUACGUGAGUUGCACGUGCGCGAAGCAAUGUCCAAAUAUUGA